AUGCCAUGUUUACCUAAAUUGCCUUCCUGUAGUUGUAACUGUGGAUUUGGUGCAUUCCCACAGUUGCAGUUACCACAAUUUCCAAUGCCAGCAUUACCAGUGCCAUCGCUUUUACCUCCUCCAGGGAUUCCACAAUUCCCGUUAUAUUCUGGUAGCUCUUAUGUGAUUCCUAAUAAUGGAGAGGUAAGGCCACAACAGUUAGACAAUAGCUACAUAUCCCAGCCAUCACAGUCUCAACAUCAACAACCUUUCUCAUACCAAAUACCAUCAAGUGGACCUGACAACCGACAGCAACCGUCGUUUCAAGGUAUCGGAAAUUAUGGUUUUGGUGUAAUACAGUAUGAACAAAAACCGAAUGGUGCAUCUGGUGGUUAUGUUAUCGGUCCAUACGGUAGCAAUUUUGGAGAUUCUUACAAUAUUGCAUCAGUAGGACAAAACGAAAAUGGAUUUGGUGAAAGUUCACAUCAAGUAUCGGGUGCAGGCAUUCGACAAUAUUUGUCUAGUAGAGCUAAUACUGGAGUAGGACAAGAUGUUCCUGAUUCCCCUGCAGCUGCCACUAGUGAAACACUUGCAACAGAAUCUUCACCUCCUACUGGUGAAUAUGUGCAAAAAACAAGAGUCUUCCUUAAACAAUGA